AUGAUCGACCCGCUGGAAUGGUACUACGAGAUCCCCGUGGUGUCGCGGCUGUACCUGACGGGCUCGUUCCUGACCACCACGGCCUGCGCGCUGGACCUGGUGUCGCCCUUCUCGCUCUAUUUCAACUUUAACCUCAUCUUCUUCAAGGGACAAGUCUGGAGACUCGUGACCAACUUCAUGUUCUUCGGACUCUUCAGCCUCGACUUCCUCUUCCACAUGUACUUCGUCGUCCGCUAUUGCAGAUUACUCGAGGAGGGGUCCUUCCGCGGUCGGACAGCGGACUUCGUGUACAUGCUGCUGCUGGGUGCUGUGGUGAUGAUCCUGGUGGCGCCGUUCGUGAACAUUCACUUUUUGGGCUCGUCGCUGACGUUCAUGAUGGUGUACCUCUGGGGGCGACGCAACGAGCACGUGCGGAUGAGCUUCCUGGGACUGUUCCCGUUCACGGCCCCGUACUUGCCGUGGGUGCUGUUCUCGUUCUCGAUUCUGCUCGGAAACAGCGCCACGACGGACUUGAUUGGCAUCAUUGUUGGGCACAUCUACUAUUUCCUGGAAGACGUGUACCCUACGAUUGCCAGCAUCCGAGGCUGGAAGACCCAGCGGCCGCUUGCAACUCCUCGCAUCAUUCGGUACCUGUUCGAUCCCCGCCCUGUGGUUGUCGACGGCGAGCAGGUGAUCAACGACUUUGGCGCAGAAGGGAACGAUCACCCCCACAUGGACUAA